UCCGUUAUUACUGAAAGAUAUCAAAUCCACGCAGAGAAAGAGAAUCUGAUACAAGAGUUCAAAAAUCUUCACACGACCCUCGCUCAGCAUCAACGAAUGCACGACUCGUAUGCCAAGGACGUGGAGGCCAAGGACAACUUGAUCAAACGAUUGAAGUCGAUCAAGGAGUCGCUGGAGAGUGAAGUGGAUGGAUUGAGACAGGAAAUGCUGAAAGUCAAGGAGACGAGUGACCGCUACGUGAAGGAAAAACAUGUUGAUAAUAUGAAGUUUAUUACCGCUAAGAGCAAGAUCUCCAAACUCGAAGCAGAACUUGCGAACGAACGUAGACAGAAAGAAUUUCUCUCAGUUCAGCUCAGCCAAGUUGAAUCUCACAGCGGUCAGGACAAAGACCAGAUCAUUUUGCGCUUGGAAACACAACUUAAAGAGCAUCGCACGCUUUGCGAGAAAUAUGAAAAAGAGAGCGUCACCAAGGAAACGGUUGUCUCUGAAAUGCGCACGAAGUUGGCCACAUUGGAAACGGAAGUGCGGAAAUCCCGCGAGGAUACACGGGUGGUCGUGGAGACGAACGUGGAUACGAAGGAGCAUUUGGCGAUGAAAAGGGACCUUGAUGCAGCAAGAGGACAAAUACGAGAGCUGGAGAAUUCCCAGGGAAUUUUGAGAGAGAAGAAAGCUCGUUUGGAACAAGAGCUUGGAAUAAUGCAAGAGAAAGUUCGUCAUCUUGAGAGCUCUGAACGUAGUCAUACGUCAAAACUGACAGUGUUGGAGGACACGUGUAAAACUGCAAAUAUAGAAGUCACAAAGGUUAACGCAUCGUACCAGACUCUCAAAGAACAAAAAUCAAAAGCCGAGGAGGAUCUUGUGACGGCAAAUGUGAAACUAAACCAGCUGAAGACAGCCUACGAUGCAUUGAGAAAGGACAAGAAAGAAUCCAAACAUGAAGUGAUCCAAUUGCACAAGAAACUGACUUCUGUCGAACUAUCGAAAGAAAGGUUGAACAACGAGCGUGUGGAAACACAACAUCACGUCCAGGAAACGCAGAACAGACUCUUGAAAGUUGAGACUCAAUGGAAGCGAAGCUCUCGAGAAAACGCAGAACUUAAAAGGCAAAUUGAGGAAAUAGGGACACAGCUCAAGAGCUGUAAAGACACCAUUGAUCUUCUCAACAGUCGCCUCGCCGAUUCGCAAAGGGAGAUUCAAUUCACCAAAACGGAGUUGACGAGAAAAGAUAAAAUCAUGGAGGAAUCGAAAUCUCAGUUUCUGUCACAAAAAGAUGAACACGAGAAGCUAUUGCGAGAGUAUAACUCACUCAUGGUCGAACUUCAUACCAAUGACAGAGAAAAAGUGAAGGUUGAAAGUGGCCUUAUUUCGUUGGGAAAGAAGCUUUCAGACUCAGAAACAUUGCACGUAAAAGCAAAGAACACUCAACGGCGUUUUGAAGAGGACAACGAGAGGUUGAAGGAGCAAAUACUGGAAUUCAAAACAAAGUUUGCUUCGUUGCAACAGGAGAAUAAAAGAGUGGAAAGCGAAGCUACCGAACAGAAAAGAUCCGCCACCAAACUGACUGCAGAUGUGGAACGAUUGACUCAUGAGAUGAAAUUGAAAGCAGAUGAAGUAGAAGCUUUGAAGAGAUCAGUGGAACAGCUCGAAGGAGAAAAGCGAGACGAUACAAAGAAGGAAAUUUCGUUGAAGGAAGAGCUGAGAAAUGCUUUGAGAUACAAAGAGGAAGCACUUGAGGCCGCGCGAACAAUUGAAGGACUGAGAAGAAAAAGCGACCAACUUGUCAAGGAUUUGAAAAAGAAGACUGGUCAAGUGGAGGCACUACAAGAGGAAACGACAAUACUGCAGUUUGAUCUGGACACUAAAGUUCGCGAAAUUGCAUCUAGGUCUGGCGAAAGUGACAAGAACGUGGAAAUACAGAAACGAGAUUUAGAGCUGAACGAGACCAAGAAACAACUGGUGAAGGCCGAUCUUCAAGCCCAGAAACGUUCCCAGCAGAUUGUUGAGUGCAAGAAAGAGAUCGCGACGCUUCAGUUGAAAAUUGAAGAAUUGGAAGAAGUGAAAACGAACUAUCGCGAGAAGGAAAAGAAGUUGUUCAGAGAUUUAGCAAUGGUGACAGAGGAGUUGAACAGACGUGACGCAAAAAUAGCGAAAUUGAAUGGAGAGAUGGUGCGAAAUGAGGAUAUGCUUGGGACAGCCGACACAAGGUUAUUGGACUUACAACAGCAGUUAUCAGAGGCGAGGAAGAGGGUCACUGAGAUUGAGGCAUUCUCCGAAAGACUGAAAGGAGAUCUCGCCGACGCCGAGGUGAAGUACUCCAACGAAGCAAAGAAACUGGAGACGAGCAUCUCGAAUCUGACAUUGCAACGAGACAUGUUACAACAGCAGCUGAAGGAGACCAGGAUUGAUUUGAAGAAGAGAUUGGAUGAGAUUCAAGGUUUGCAGAAGACAGUCACCGACGGCGAGCUAAAGACUGAAAAUCUUGGGAGUGAUGCAAAGAAACUGCAGAAUAUAAUAACGAGGCUGAAUGAAACACGCCAAGAAACUGAUAAUGAACUGAAUGAUUUGAGAAAAGAGGUCGCUGACUACAAGAUAAUACUGGAUGCGAAAGAUUGGAGGAUUACUGAUUUGGAAGGAGAACUCCAAGCGCACUCUUCAAAACAGACAGAAUGGGAGACUACUUAUCGUCAACUAGAAGCAGAAAAAUCGACGAUGCUCGAGUCCCAAGUGGAUGCUGAAACUAAAACAUCAGAGUUGAAAGCGAGUUAUGAAGAAAUGGAAAAGAAUUUGAAGAAGGAAAAUCAAGAAAGGUGCGUGAAGGUCACCACGUUGGAAGCACAGAUCCAAAGCAUGGAGAAACAGAAGGAGAGUUUGAGGAAGGAAUUGCACGAUACUAAAGAAGCUCUUCGACAGAGUAAACACGGAUUUUCUGAGUUGCAGAAAGACUAUAUCGAUCAUCAAAAGAAUUGUGACGGAUUUCGGCAAGAGAGAAAUGAAACCUCAGUCACAGAGAUGAAAGACACAUGGACUAACCACUGUGUUUGUGUGAAACGCGAAACCAUUGAACGCCUGGAAUCGUCGGCCCAAGUUUUGGAAGUGAAAAUCGAAACGCUUGCUGAUGAACUCUCGCGAAACGAGACAGCCGGAGAAUUGUUGAAGAAGCAAAAAGAUACAGUCGACAAGGAACUCCGUGGCGCUGAGAGCAGAAUCACGGAACUGGAAACUUUGAUUUCGGACAUUCAGAACGAUAAAGAGAAAGUUCUCAAAGAGCACGAAACUUGUUUAGCGCAGUUGAACGACGCUGGUAGGGGCGAACAUUCAGCAAAGGAGAAGAUCUUGGACCUGGAAUCAAGGUGCGAAGAGGCUUAUGGUAAAAUAGCUGAUCUCGAAAAACAACUGGAGAAUGCACGAGCGAAGCUGGCGCGAUUCGAGGAACUGUUUGGCGAGAAUAGAGACGAAAUAUCAAAGUUGGAAAAGGAAUUGGCAACGGCGAAGGGGAAUGUUGUCGAGCUUGAGUCCAUCUGUGAAGUUCUGGAGCGGGAGAAAGAUGAGUUAAAGCGACAGCUGGAGCAUGCUGAGAAACAGGUCUCAGAGAUGAAGAAUUCUCGUAAAACAUACGAAGAUGAAAAUGACCAGUUGUUGCAAGAAGUUAAGGACACUCGCAGCAAGGUUACGAAACUGGAAGGAAUGCUUUCGACCAUCACUCGGGAACGAAACGGGCUUAAACAACAACUGGAAGAAUUCAAAGAUAAACUGCUUCAAAGCAAAGAAGAAAAUGGCGUGCUCGAGAGAAAGUAUUCUGAAAAUUUAAGGGUUUUGGAGAAGCUUAAAACCAACGAACGCUCGGCUGAGAAGACAAAAGAAGAGCUUCGUGGUAGAGUUACUCUGCUUCAAGACGAACUGGAUUCAAGGUCGCAAGAGACAACGAAGUAUCAGAACGAAUUUGCCCGCGCGCAGGAAGAGAAGAAAUACCUUCACGACGAGCUUCUCCUGUUCCAACAAAAACUACGAGAGUUUGAAAUCAACGACACAACCUUACUGAAAGACAACGAAACUUUGAAAGACGAAGUCAGUUCGUUCUACCAGCGAGUCUCCGAGCUUCAAAGCAACUGUCGAAAUAUGGAAGAAGAGAAUAUCUUGCUUCAAAGGGAUCUCAGUUUGUCCAAACAAAGAAAUGAGAAACUCGAAGGUGAACUGCAAGAAUUGAAGAAGAAGUCGUCGAUAUUAAGUUAUGAGUUGGAUGAAAAGAAUGCAGACUUCAGUCGAGUGUCGAACGAGUUUGUCAUCGUAAAAUCGACCGUUGAGGAACAGUACAGCGCUUUACAGGAUUAUGAGAAAAAGGUCAGCGAUGAGGAAGAUUUACUGGAAGGUCUUCAACGGGAGAAGUCUGAGAUGGAAUCACUUCUAAAUACUGUCCGAGACGAAUUGAAUGUUAAGAAAGCUGAACUCAACCAAUCACACGAAGAUAACAAAGUACUUCAGGGUAAUGUAUCUUCCCUUACCGGCGAGGUGAACCAUUUGAAAUCAAGCCUUGACGCAACAGACAAGAAGAGAUCAGAGCUGGACACAACCUUGAGAUCGAAAGCUAAAGAGUACGCAAAGCUUGGUCGAGGUUUCAAACAGACCGUUUACAAACAAAAGGAAUUGGAACAAAACCUUUCAGAAGUCUCGGCUAAGAAAGACGAGCUUGAUUCAGAACUUAAAAACAGCCGCAAAAGAAUCAUUGAAUUGGAACGAAUAACAGCAAGCAAGAUGGAUGAACUGGAAUCCAUGGCACAGGAUUUAAAUGUGAAAGAUGAGAGCGUUUCCAUGCAUAAAGGUAAACUGGAACUAGCCACACAAUCGGAAACAAAAGCCAAGGAUGAACUAAUCUCGGCCCGAAAUAGAAUCACAGAACUUGAGAGUGACGUCGAAGGACUCGCUGAAGAGAAACGUGUUUUGCAAGACGAAGUGGAAAGGAUGAACACAAGAAUUCGCAAGCUCGAAUCACAACUUGAGGUUAGCAGAGAGGAACGCAAGAGGCUUCAGGCCUCGCUCGAAGAUGGACGGUUGAAAUUGACCGCUCUUCGCGAGGAGUUCGUCGAAGCUUCCGGGAAACGCAAGGAGUCAGAAUCGCAAAGCGAGAGGCUUAAAACUAGUUUAGGUAAGAAGGAGACGGACAUCGAGGAGCUGAAGGCGAGAGUGAUGCAGUUGAAAGAGUUGGUGGGAACCUUGACAGCGUCUGAGGCAAACUUGAAGCUUGCGUCUGAUAAGUUGGAAGAUGAGAAUAAAGAUUUGAACGCUGAAGUUGGAACUAUGGAGCAGAGAAUGGUGGAUCUUGAAGGAACAGUGAGAUCAUUGCGGGAUAAUAAUAUGCAACUAGAGAUCGAAGUCAAUGCUACACGCAACAAAGUUGUAAGCUUUGAGUCAACCAUUGAAAAAUUGAAGAAAGAGAAGGACGCGGUCAAGCGGAAUCUUGAUAGAACAUCGCGAGAAUUACAAGACAGCCAAAACACUGUUGCGAGGCUGGAUGAAAUACUGAAAGAUCAUGAAUGUAAGAUCUCUGAGAAGGAAGAGGAUGGUAAACAAGCUGAGGCGAACUUGUUGAAGGUAAAACUGGAGAAUGAGGAAAUACAACGAAGGUUGGCUGAGUUGACAACAGAGCUCUCUGAAAAAACAAACAAUUGCGAGGACAGUUUGAACCAGAUUGAUCAACUAAAUGAACAGAUUAGCGAGCGAGAUAACACAAACAACGAGCUGAGAUCGGAGACGCAGCGUUUGGAGAAAGACGUGGAACGUUUGACUUCGGACCUGAGUGAACACACCAUCAAAUACGACGAAUUGGAAAAGCUUUUCCAGGCAACCACAUCGAAAGUUAAAGACCUUGAAUCGAAGUUGAGAACAAGCUUUGCAGAAAAUGAGAAAUACGAAACCGAGCGUCGCUCUUGGGUGGAAACUCAACGUGAGAAGGAAACCGCCAAAUCAAUGCUCGAACAAAAAGUUCUUCAGCUUGAGACGAAAUUCAGGACGGCUGAUUCGGAAAGAAAGGAGCUAAAAGGAAGAGUAUUUGCGCUUCAGGAUGAAAUCUCCGACCUCGAAUUUAAGCUUGAGAGCAAGACAAGCGAAGGUAAUUCGUUGGAGGCACAGGUGAAGAUACUGGGUGAAAAAUACGAGAAAUGCUUGGAAGAGAACUCUCGAAUUAACAGCGAAGCUUCCGAGUUAAGACUCUCUCUUGAAUCGAGCCAACGAGAUCUGAAAGAACGCGAUGAAGAAGUCAAGUAUUUGACGGAUAUGAAAGCGAGGGUUGAAAAUGAGAUGAUUUCCCUUAAGGAGAACAUGUUUGCUGGCAAGGAUUCUGGCAACAAAGAAUCGCAGUUGCAAGAGAAGCUUCAGAGAGAGGUGUUGGACGCCCACAAGGCUGUCUCUGAGCUCGAGGUGCGCGUGAAGAAAGCGGAAACAAGUGAAAACAGGAUGCGAGAGGAGCUGAGACGAAAGAUGGAGAAAAUGACAAGUUUGGAAGUCGAGUUGGAUGAGGUACUGGAAGAGAACGAAAGAUUGGCGAUAGUGAUUGGCGAACUCAAACGUUCAACGGUAGAUUACAAGAAUCAGCUUGCAGGCGCUCGACGGGAGGUAAAGGACGUUUCGGGAAAGUUUGAAAAGGCAAAAGGAACAUUGGAAGAGUCUACCACCGAGGUUGGUCGACUUAACGGCGAGUUGAACCGAUUGGAGUCGGAAGUGACCGCCUUGCGCGAAAAUAAGACGAGCAAAGAACGGGAAGUCACGAAGUUGACGCAAAAGGUACAACAAAUUGAAGAAGAUCUAAGUGCGGCAUCACAGAAGAAAAAACAGGCUGAAAAGUCUGCAUUGGAUCUGGAGGAGACAGCAAAAUCCAGAGACACGGAAGUAUCUUUCCUGAAGAGCAAGCUACAUGAUGUGGAAAUGGCGCACGCCAGUUUGAAAGAGAAGCAGAAAGAUUUAGAGCAGGAUUGUAUCGUUGUGAAGAGCAAGUAUUCAAAGCUGGAAGCUCACUAUGAAACCGUCCACGAAAAAAAGGUUGUUGCCGAACGUGGAAGCGAAAUGGUUAAGAAAGAAUGCGAGGAAUUGCGCGCAAACUUACAAAGCGCAGAGAAGGAGUUGGACGACGUUCGAGUGGAGUUAAGCUCGACUAAGAAGAAGGUUUCCACGUUAGCCAGGGAGAGUGUGGUCAAGGAGACAGCUGACCAGGAUGAAGAAGAGGUAAAGAAGCUGCGGGCGCAGGUUACCGAACUCCUCGCCGAAGUGGAUGACGGGAAUAAGAAGGCAAAACAACAGGAAGUGACGUCAGAAAGAUUGGCCAAAGAUGCGGAACAAAAAACGAAGCAAAUUGAGAAGAUACGAGAAGAGAAGGAUGCUUUGGUUGAGGAGAAUAGCAAAUUGCGUCAAGAGAUCAACAUUGUCCAACUCUCAGCCAAAAAUGUUCAAACUCGUUUCGAAGAGCGCGACCAGGAAGUGUUUGGAAUGAUGAAACGCCUUUCGGAAUACGAACUCGAAGUCGGAGCUCUCAGAGAUGAAAACGAAGACCUCAGUGAAGAAUUAGACAAGUGUCAGAAAGAUUUGGCCGACAAUGACAUCGAAAUGCAGAGGAUAAAGAAACAAAACGCUGCCGCAAAAGGUGAGCUUGAAGAGCUGACGGACCGAAUGAAUAAAACGAAAGAUGAGAUGACAAAUCUGCAAAGGAUUUUGGCAGAGAAAGACACCAUCGUUGAAAUGCAACGGAAGGAGCUCUUCGACAAAGACGCAGACGUUAAAACCUUGAAAACCGCGAAAAAGAUUCUUGGAAAGGAUGUGAAUUCUACGAAAGAACAGCUGGUCGCUCACAAAGAACAGGUUGAGUUCCUCGAGCGUCAACACUAUUCCGACAACAUGUUACUCCAGGAUAAAGAGGCGAAGGUAUCAGAACUGGAAUACUCAAUGCAAAUGAUGAAACAGGAAAAUGAUCGGUUACAACAAGAGAUUUUGAAACUUAAAGAUUUGAUAAGCGAACUUCGAGGCAAGAAUCAGAAACUUCAACAAGACUACGAAGGAUCACAACGAGAGGUUCAGCUGGUGCAACAGAAGUUGGUGAAGAUUGAAACGAAAUAUGAAAGUUUGGAGGAAACAAGAGUGAAACAGGUCACGGAGCUGAACGAAAUGAGACAUAAAAACUCGGAAGUUAAGAUCCUUCUUGAUUCUACGGAAAAGGAAAAAUCCAGAUUGAUGCAAGAAAUCACUGAUUCACGCGCUCAAAAUGAACAAAUAAAAUCCUCGUUGGACGCGACGGUCAAAGCGAAAAGCAAGUCAAGCGAGGAACAAGAUAUCGCCAGCAGAAAAUACGUUGAGCUCAAAGGCACUCUGGAAACAACGAAGGAUGAGAGAAACGAAUUUGAAUCGAAAUUUUUGGAAAUGCAGGCAAAGACUUCAAGUCUCGAGAAAGAGUUGGCGAAAUCUCGGAAAGACAAGGAUGCAGUUGAGAAGGAAAUGUUUGUUCUACGAAAUAAGAUGACCGAGCUUCAACUGUAUCUCAAAGACAGCGAGAACAGAGAACGCAUCGCAGCAGAAGAGCUGGCAAGUGUUCGACAAAACGUGACACGGGUUGAACGAGAGUUGGCGCAGUUUCGUAACAAGGCAACGCGGCUCGAAGCAACCUUGAAGACCAGCAACGAACGAUCUCAACACCUUUCAGACGAGAUGGUCGACACGGAAAAAGAAUGCGCAAAACUUCAUCAGGUCAUCGACGGUAAUCGGGAAGAGAUGGAAAAACAGAGACAAGAGCUGACUGAGUGUUAUAAAAAGAUCUCCGAACUCGAAGCUGCUUACGAGAGCUACGUCAACACACGUAACGAGCUACAGAAGGAACUGCUACAUGCAAACCAGAAAUCAAAUGAGAUGGAAGACGAAGUUCAGACGACGCUUAAAGCCAUCGCUCAAGUCAACGGGCUGUUAGAAGAAUCUCAGAGCAAGAAUGAACAAUAUAAAAUUCAGGUGCGACAACUACAAGAACGAAUUUUGGAGAAGCAACGAUCUUGCGAUGUGUUGUUCUCAGAAAAAGCAGAAAUGAUGGGCAAAGUCGAUUCACUUGAGGAAGAAGCUGUGAGAUUUGAAAGAGAAAUUAGCAUUCUGAAACACGAGAUUUCCACAACGAAAGUCGACUACGAGAGUUUAUUGUCGGAGAAGACGAGCUUGGAGGAAAGCGUCAUUCAGCUGAACUUGAUCGUCAAGGAACACGAGAACGAGAAGGAAGAAAUUAGAAAAGAAAAUGAAGUACUAAGCAAGGAUAUGACCGCUGUAAAGAAUGAUUUAUCGACGCUUCAAACCUCUCUCGAGUCCAAUGUCAUUACGAAGAGUACCGUGGAGGAGGUUGCUAGUUCAAACAAUGAGAUGGAUCUAUUCACCAUGAUGGAGUUGGAAGAACUGCGUUCGGAACGCGCAAAGUUGCAAAAGGAAUUGGCGUCUUUGAAACAACAAGUUCGUGAAGACGAGCAACUCAAAACACAACGUGACCAACUCGAGACGGCACUGGCCGAGUCCACAGCGAAAAGCACCGAAUUAGAGACGACGCUUUCCGACCUGGAACGAGAGAAGAACAUCGCGUUGAAGAAUUUGGAGCAAAGUUCCAUCAAAGUCAAUGAAUGUGAAACCAAUAUGGAAACACUUCGUGAUGAUUGCGCUGAGGUGAAAAAUGAUUUGAUAUCAGCCGAGCAACGAAUUUCCGAGCUGGAAGCACUACUCCAAGUUUCUCAGAAUCGCGCAGAUGAGUUGGAACGUGAUUUCGUCGCCACAAGAGAGCGUAAUGUCCACCUGGAGACUGGGUACAAAAGAAUCCAGGACAUCGAAUCCGGGCUGCGCGAGGAGAUUGUGAGUCUGCACAAAAGAGUGACCGUUUCCGAGAAAGAACUGGCGGAGAAACGAGAUCAGAUGGAGGCGUGGGAACGAGCCCGGGAGGAGGAUUCUGGAAAGUUUCAGACGUUAAGGAAGGAUUAUGAAGAUGUCUCCAGAGAGUUGGCAGGAAUGAAGUCGGUGAAGAGUUUGGAUUCUAAUCAAGUUGACCAACUACAACAACGUUUGAUGUCAAUGGAAAGGAAACUUUCCGACAAGGAACAAGGAAUGAAGGAUCUGAAUGUAGAUAACUCGCAAAAGCAGUUCGAGCUUGACAGAAUGAAAGCAAAGAUCUUUCAACUACAAUUAGAGAUAACAAAUAUCUCUCAGGAAAAAACUACGUUGAUUGCUCAGUUUGAAGAAAGCAAAAGAAAGUACAAACAAGACUUGUCCAUUUCUUCCAGCAAAGACGUGCAGUUGAAGGAAGUCACAACAAAGAUAGAGACGUACAGGCUAGAAAUAAUUGAGAAAACAAAGAUGAUAGAGACACUACGCAACGAAAAAGUAUCGGUUGAAACUAAACUUCGUACAACCAUCCAGAACUAUGAUAAGUUACAAAGCGAAAUCACAAUACUACGAAAGGCCGAAGAAGACUCCGAAAGGCUUUUGGCAAGCAACGAGGCAAAGAACAAGAAUCUUGAAAAGGAGUUGCAAGCUGUUCGUGAAGAAAACGAUGAGAUUAGAAAUAAGAUGAUUGAAGCUCACAAAAACGUCUGCAGCCUCACAGAAAGUUCGUCCGACUCUGAAAAAGAGAACGUAAGAAUGAAACAAGAGCUGGCUCAACUGCAGAAGAGAGUCUCCGAACUUGAGCGAGAAUGUCGAGAACAUAUCUCGAAAUGCGACAAGCUGUUGGAGGAAAACAAAAGCAUGAAUGACGAGAUUUUGAACUCCAGGAAGAAAAAAGAGGAUGCUGAGAAUGAUUUGAAAGCUUCAAAACAAGAAUUUGGCGAAUUGAAAGCUAAAGUGCAAGAGCUCGAAGGUGCUAUGACCACAGAGCACAGUCGAGGAAACGCGAUGAAAAAUGACUUAGAUACUUGGCAAAAGAAGGCGACAGAAGCGCAAAAGAACUUUGAGAAUUCAUCAAAACGAAACAAGGAAUUCGAUCAGGAAAUAUCCGAACUUAAACAACAGUUAACCCAGAUGAAAUAUCAAAUUGAGGCUUUGGAAAUUGAGAAGAAAGAUAAGCUACAGUUACAAGAGAAGUUGAGCUCGUCCGAAGCGAAGUAUAAAGAAUUGGUGAAGCGAAACGAGAGAGACCAAGGCGAAUUCUCGAGCGUGGAACACCUCAACGAAACUUUGAAAGAAGAGAAUCUUCAAUUGCACGUAGAUCUUGGCAGAGAAAAAGAAGAAAAAUCCAAUUUGGAAUUAAAGAUAACUGUCAAAGAAGCGGAACUCCGAGAAAUGGCCGUCCAACUGAACGUCCUCACGCAGGAAGUCGAGAAGAUGAAAUCGCAAGCUGGCAACGAAAAGGGGGAACGAGACUCGCUCGAACAUGAAUACGGCGCUUUGAAAAUUGAAAAUGGAAAGUUAGAACAUGAAUUGAAAGAGACAAAUGAGACAAUCGACUCCUUGAAACGGAGGUUGGACUUGAUGACGCAAAACUACGAGAAUGAGAUGAAACAACUUGAAAUAUUGCGAGCAGAAGAGACGGAAAACAAACAAACAAUUGAGAGGUUGCAGAAGGCAAACAGCAAGGAAGCUCGGCAACGCAAAGCUGUUGAAUACGAGCUGAAGUUGGUUCUGGAAAAACACUCCGAUUUGGAAGAGCUUCACAAGAAAUGCGAGAUUGAAAAGAAAUCUUUAAGAGAUGAAGUUAUGGAGAGGACACGCGGUGGUGAUGAGGGAUAUAAGACGAUGGAGUUUAUUGUUGGGAAAGAAAAACAAGAGCUUGAGUACCAACUGCAAGAUCUUAAAGAGAAGUUAGCUAAAGUUGAGUCAGACGGUGUUGAUGCGAAGACUGGGGAGAGUGAACUGACGGCUGAAGUUGAGAACGCGAAGGUGGAAAUUUCAACAUUAAAAGUAGAGUUGGACACUGUGAAAAGAGAAAGAACGACAUUGGAAAUUGAAGUGAAGAAAUACAAGGAAAUUGAAGCGUCCAAGAACGAAGAAAUUAGCACGCUACAAAACCAUGUGUCGACCUUAGAAAUGGAAGUUAAAGUGAUUAAGAAAGAUUUGUCCGAUAGUCAGAGAUCAUACCGUGAGCUCCUGCUGAAGUUUGAGCCAGAACAGAAACCAGGAGUCGCUAGGAGCACAUUGGAGCUGCCACUCGGCGUCAAAACCAGAGAAACAUCGACUACACAAAUUGCCAUCACCAAGACGAGCGCGCAAUCCACGUCUUCAAGUUCGUAUGACGUCACUAGUCCCAGUUCCCCACGGAUGACUUCGCAGUUGACGAUCGGUCCCAAACGAGGCUCGAAGUCUACGUCGCCCUCUAGUCCCAGGAUGAUAUCUCCCGCCUCUCCCAGGAGCGCUGGAACUAAUUCACCGACAUUUGGCGUGCAAUCAAAAUUUGGGUUCAAGCAGGAUUCGAGAAGGGAACGAAAGCGUACGACCAGUAGCGAAGUGACAAUGUUGGAGAUCGAACACAGGUCGAAGACUCCCGAGUCCGAGACGAUGAUCAUCUCACCUAAAAGUCCGACAAAAAGUCCGAGCAAACAAGUCUCAAUGAUGAGCAUGAACGUCGGGGAGACACGGGAUGCGACCGCUCUCGAGAUGACAGUCGCGCGGGACGAGAAACAGGGUGAGUUCGAGAUUGCGGGCUUGGACGCCCAACGCAAACGGCGGCAAGAAAGAAAAGUAAGGUUGAACCAGAUAAGUAAACGACCGCCAAUAGAAUGAGUUGGCAGCAUUUACUUUUUUAAACUUUAGCAAAACGUAAAGAUAUACGCACUCAUUAUUCAAUCUUGUUAUUUCAAACAUACACUAGAACUUUGCAAAAUACACGAUAUCUAAUCAAUAAUAUUUUUAAAAUAACAUGCACGCAUUGUCACAGACACAAAGAACUGUAAGAUAUAAAUAAUGCACUUUUUUGUAAAUAUAUUUACGCGGAUCUAAUCAAUGUUAUUAGUUAUGACUGAAUUACACUUAUA